AUGAGGACCUACCAGCUACUUUCUCUUUCGGCCGUGCUCUCGUCUGCUGCCUCGUGGGGCAUCAAACGAGCGCCGCUGGAGCCAAACCUUGACCUCUCCGUUGAUAUAACGAAUGCUAUAGAUAUUGACCCUGAUAUUAUCGGCAAGACUGUUUUCGAGAUUAUUCCCGAUGAGAAGGCUAGCUUCGAAGACAAUUCCAUCUCACGUCGAGACGUCUUCAGCCGCCAGGCGCCAGGAAAUCCCGCUCUCAGGUCAGCGGAAGAAGUCUCCAAGAUCAAAGCACCCGGGACGAGCAAGUCGGGAGUAUUCUAUCGCGGUGAUUCUCGGCCUCCCGAAGAGAUAUUCAAGUCGGGCUUCAAGCCCCAAGGCGACAAUACGAAGUUGCAGGAUCACCUCGAAUUCAAGCCUAACUCUGGUCUUGUAUCUGUCUCGCGAUCGCGUGAGGCGACGUACAGGUACAUGUUUGGUAGAGAUGAUAGCCCCAAGGGAUACGUCUAUGUCAUUGCAGCCAAGGAUAUGCCUGAUGGCUACUGGGUCCCGGGGAUUUAUCCCCCGGAAAAGAACCCCGAGGUGAGCCGUAACCAGGAGUUUGCCGUCAAAGGUACCAUUCCAGGUACAAGCAUCUCCCACGCCUACGAGGUGACCGAGGCCAACCCCACCGACAAGGCCCGCAAGAUUAAAAAUGACGCGUACUCGCUGAGGUCGGCUUCGAAAUGCACCAUACUCAAGAGGCGAGCAGGCGGUAGCUGUGACCCGGCUGGAUGGGUCGACAUUGAGCAAAAUGAGCCCAAGAAGCCUGCUUCUGGAGACGGCGGCAAGGGCAAGAAGCCCGUGGGACAAAAGAUCUCGGAGAGCAAGUUCCUGCAAUUCCUCACCGAGCUAGAACCUGAAUCCAUUGGUGGCCUCAUCAAGGCGCUCAAGGAUGGCGAGGUCACUAUUGCCGACGUGCAGCUAGGCUUCAAGCGGGCACUUUCAGAGGCCAUGGAUCACCGUUGGGCCGACUUUGGGGAUUGGGACAAGGCAGCAGAAUCGCUAAAGAAUAUUGUCUUUGAUAUCGCCUCGACGGUCCGAUAUGCGACGCCGGUUGGGUACUGGUCCGACGUUAUCAAGAGGCUCCCUGAUAUCGCAAAGGAAAUCGGCAAGGGCAAGACACCUGAAGAGAAGCUAGAGAUUGCCAAUAAGAACAUUAAUGGUGCCGUUAAUGUAUGGUCAUAUACACCAGUUGGCUUCGUUAAUGAGGCCUUGAUGAAGGAGGCGGCUAUGGGGACGCCUCCUGUGCAGGCUGUUGCGGUUUCUAUCAAUAAGCUGUGGUCAUAUACCCCUUGGGGAUGGCUUAUUAACCAGAUCGCGCCUGUUGAGUCCUUGCUCAGGAAGAUCAAUGCUCGUGAGGAGGUGUUGAGCCUGGGAUACUAA